UGACGGCGCCCGGAAAAGCGCUCAUUCGAUUACUUGGUGCAUCGACUUUGGCGUGAUCGGCGCGAUGGUUAUGGUCCAUGGUGACAACAGGGGUCUGGUUGUCCCACCAAUUGUAGCGGAAACACAGGUUGUGAUUGUACCUGUACCCCCCUCUAGAGGAGUUGGCCCGACUCGAUGGGAGAUGGAGAUGGACGCAAUUGAAAAUGAGUGCAGGGAGCUGCGUGACAUUCUAUUGAAUGAUGGAGCCCGCUGUGUUCUCGAUGACGAUCGGAAGAAAAGACCGGGAUUCAAAUUUACCAAAUGGGACCUCCAGGGUGUUCCACUUAGUAUUAGAAUCGGCAGCAGAGAGGUUGAAACGAAUACGGUUACUCUUGCGUAUAGACACACUGGUGAAAAGGUUAAUGAACACCUAUCAUGCUGCGGCAAG